GUACUUUAACCUUGUAAUUAAUUUAUUACUAGUAUAUGUAUGUAUAUAUCCAAGUGGAGGUCAUGUGUACAAAAUAAUUCAUCAAAUAUUUCCUUGCAACAAAUCAAUCAAUUAAAAAUCAAAAGUUGUUGUCCCACUUUCUCUUCGUCAAUAUAUAGAGACACGCCUAUACUGUAAUGCCGAAGCUUAUUCUAAACGUCAACAUGGCUGGUUCAGUUAGUAAAGAGUGCGUGACAAGUCUUAUAAUGUUCUUUUUCACAUGGUCUCUCUGUGCAACUUCAAAUGAUCUGCUUAGCUGCGACCCAGAAGAAUCCUCUUCCUCCUCCUCAACUAGCUACGUUUGCCACUCAAACCUCCAAAAGUGCCGCACUUUCGCCACUCUAAGAGCCAAUUCUCCCUUGAGGGGCCAUUUUAUCCCGAUUGACUGCACAUGUAAUGGAAGGUUCUACGAGGCUCAUCUGUUCAAAACUUGCGUUAAAGGCGACACCUUUCGCUCUCUCGCUGCAUCCCUACAAGGCCAGCUGACCACGUGCCUGUCUAUAAGGGACGAGAAUCCUCAAGUUUCGGAGGAGAGCCUGGACGAGAAGGUUAAGUUGCGGUUGGGGGUCAAGUGUUCAUGUCCAGAAGAAGGUGGCGCCACCAGGUUUCUCGUUACAUAUCCGGUGAGUGAGGGGGAAAGCGUUUCAAGCUUGGCAGACAAGUUCAACACAACAGAGGAUGCUAUUGUGUCUGCAAACAACAAUUCUGGAGUGGUUCCACGCACCCCUGCUCUCAUACCUCUUGAUCAUAAACCACAGAACACCACCCCGAGUCGCCAGAAGAAAAAGCGGUCAAAGAUGAAGAAGCUGAUGAUCGCUGUGAUCAGCGCGAUUGCUGGAGUUAUGGGUCUUAUCACUCUCAUGGUGCUGGGUUACUUGCACUGGAAGAAAGAGACGCGUCUGCAAAGCUGGAUAAGCAAUAAAGAUCCAGAGACGCGGCAGCUGAGCCUGAGCAUCCGAACCACCAGUGACAAGAAAAUCUCCUUUGAAGGGUCACAGGAGUUGGAUUCGGUUGUUGUUGUUGGCACCACAACUCCCCGAAAGCCCGUUGUGGAGAUUUACGCGUUGGAGGAGCUGGAGAAAGCCACUGAGAAUUUCAGCUCAAGCAAUCACAUCAAAGGUUCCGUUUAUUUCGGUUCUCUCAAAGGCAAAGACUUGGCUAUCAAGCAAGUGAGCGCCGGUGUAAUGAAAAGAUUCGACUUGGGGCUUCUCAACGAUCAGUCACACUACUACAGUCACAACCUGAUGAGGGUUCUUGGGACAUGUUUCAGAGAAUCCCCGCCGGAUGAGGGUGCUUCUUAUCUGGUUUUCGAGUACGCAAAGAAUGGGUCUUUGUGGGAUUGGCUCCAGAACAAAUUGGCCAUCAAGAAUCAAUUCAUCGAGUCUUGUUACUGUUUCUUGGCAUUGAAACAGAGGAUCAAGAUCUGCCACGAUGUCGCCAUCGCCUUAAAGUUUAUGCAUCGGAUUAACUAUGUUCACGGCAACAUCACGAGUAGGAACAUUUUCUUGAAUGAAGAUCUUAGAGGUAAAGUCGGAAACUUUGGCAUGUCGUCAAAGGAUGACAACAUUGAUUCUUCCAUGUCUCCAGCUACUGACGUCUUCUCUUACGGGAUCAUCGUAAUGGAGGUUUUGUCUGGACAAACCUCAGAGAUGUUGCUUGGACCGCAAGAACAAGAAGAAGAAGAAGAAAAUAGGGUUAAUCCCGAGUGGAAGAGACUGAGAGAGUCGUUUAUGAUGGGGGAGAAGGAAAUGCUAAGGGAAGUGAUGGAUAGCACGCUGGGGGAGAGCUAUUCAGUUGACUCUGCCUAUGAAAUGGCAAGACUUGCAGCAGACUGUACUGCUGAAGAAGCAGAGCUAAGGCCGAGCGCGGCUGAGAUUGUAGAGAGGGUUUCGAGAUUGGUGGAUGAAGAAGAAGACGAGGCAGUCUUAAUAGAGAGAGAUAAUACCAUUUCAGAGAGUUCUUACAAGCCUUUGGUAAGGAAAGGAGAUGAAUGCUAAGUUAUAUAUAUAUAUAUAUAUAUUAUUGCAUCAUGACCCUAAACUCAUCGAAACUAAUAAUUCCAUCCCUAUUAAUAUCGAAUUGCGAGAUCAUAACCUCGCAUUCUUCAAGGCUUUUAGACUCACCCAACAAACUUAGCAUCCUCUUCAAACUUUUAGGAGUAAUGCCUUGUAGACUCUCUUCAAACAUCAUGUUGAAAGCCUGCUUCAAGUCCCUCUCCUUGUCUUCCUCUGCUCCUUGUUCCACCAGCUUCACGAAUUCCUCGAGUUCCAAGGAUUUAUCAGUGUGUGGUGAAUCGGUCGUGUCUUCUUCUGGUACGGCCUUUUCCCCGGACUUAAUAGCAUCCACACAUCUCUCGAUGGCGGAAACAGAAACCUUCCCUUGUUGGGUCUUGUCAAAGCAACUAAACACCCUUUGAUGAUACUCUUCACGUUUGUUGCUCUUCAUAGAUUAUACUAGGGAAAAGAGGGAUGCGAGUUUCUGUCUUUCUUUUCUUGAAACUUUUGGCUUUAGGAAUGUGGAAUACUACUUUUUAUAUAACAAGAGAGAGAGAGCGAUGGGGGAGCAUAAAUGUUGGACUUGUUUAAUAUUCUUUAAAAGACCAGAAGAAACGCUUGAAUUUCCGCGGGUUUUAAUUUCUGUGUUGACAA